UGCCUGUCAGUCUGCAGGUGAACCAACCUGAGGUCGUUUGCCCCUGGUCCAUAAGCCUGUGUUGGACUUUUUUGUUUUCCUGUAGUAGUAAUCGUCCCAAAAGGAUUUAUUUUAUUUGGCGUAAACUCUGCCGUGUAGCCAGUGUGUAUCCUUACAGUAGCCUGAAGAGUUGGAUAAAUUACGUCAAUCUCCAAAACAAAGUAGCUUCAACAAGAUCAAGGAAGUCAGUCAGCUGACUCUUUCGGAUGACUUCUCAACGUUUACAGCAUAUAAAGGAUCAUAUAUUGGCUGCGAAUACGUGUACGGAAAUGGCCACGCCUCCGCCAAGCCCCCUUUCAACCCAUGUGCUCAACACAGGCCGGGGUGUCCCUGGGGCUGGUAUGGCCUUGAGUCUGCAUCGUCUUGACCCCUGCACUGAGACCUGGAACCUUCUCAUCUCAGGGGCAACCAAUGAUGAUGGACGCUGCCCAGGCCUCAUAACAAGAGAGGCUUUUAUACCUGGAGUUUAUAAGAUGCGCUUUGAGACAGGACAGUACUGGAAGGGGCUGGGUGAGACUUGUUUUUACCCAUAUGUUGAGAUAGUCUUUACAAUAACGGAUCCUUCUCAGAAAUUCCAUGUGCCCCUUUUGCUCAGCCGCUUCUCGUACAGCACCUACAGAGGCAGCUAGAGGCCGCUAGAGGCCGCAAGGCAAGUCUCCUGGGUGUAUUGACCAGACCAUACUUUGACAUGGUCAAGUUCUGGAAACCUUUGGAUGGCUGAAAUUAAAACCACUCAUAGGCCACUUGUAACUGACACUGUAGGCUUACCAGCAUGUGUUAAGAUGAAAUUGAAUAAUAAAAAAAUACACACAUUGUC